AUGGGGCGGCGGCGGCGGGGGGCGCUGCCGGAGCCGGCGGGCGGCUGCUCCUGCUGCCUGGCGGCGGCGCUGCCGCUGCUGCUGCUGCUGCUGCCCGCCGGGUGCCCGGUGCGGGCGCAGAACGACACGGAGCCCAUCGUCCUGGAGGGCAAGUGCCUGGUGGUCUGCGACUCCAGCCCCUCGGCCGACGGCGCCAUCACCUCCUCGCUGGGGAUCUCGGUGCGCUCGGGCAGCGCCAAGGUGGCCUUCUCGGCCACCCGCAGCACCAACCACGAGCCCUCCGAGAUGAGCAACCGCACCAUGACCAUCUACUUCGACCAGGUAUUAGUUAAUAUUGGCAACCAUUUUGAUCUUACUUCCAGUAUAUUUGUAGCACCAAGAAAAGGGAUAUAUAGUUUCAGUUUCCACGUGGUCAAGGUCUAUAACAGACAAACCAUCCAGGUAAGUUUAAUGCAAAACAACUACCCAGUGAUUUCAGCUUUUGCAGGGGAUCAGGACGUCACCAGAGAAGCAGCCAGCAAUGGGGUCUUGCUCCUCAUGGAAAGAGAAGACAAAGUGCAUCUCAAACUGGAAAGGGGUAACCUCAUGGGAGGGUGGAAAUAUUCAACCUUUUCCGGCUUCUUAGUCUUUCCUCUAUAAAAGAAGGCCAAAUAGGAGACAGAUCCAUGAGCCGGAGCAAGGAUUCAAUUGUUAAUGACACACUGAACUUGGCAGCACAUGACAAUAUUUUCGGUCACCCCGUCAGACUGUCACAGUAGAAGAAUGAUAACCUUCUAAACUCCAACAUUUGCUUUGAAUAUUGACAAUUCCUUGGAACCUGCGCCUCUAAUUAGUUUUAGACGACAGUGAUCUUUAGGAGAAAUGAAAUUAUCGACCUGAGCAAUUUGUACCUGUGAUUGUAAAGUCAGUUUUGGAUUUUAUUGUUGGGAUCAUUGACUUUCUUAUUCUUUUGAUUUUUUCAUCUCUUUCAUUUUUUCCUCUUUUUCUUUCUCUUGUUGUUGUCCCAAUGAAACAAAUAACUCGGACCACAGAAUCGCUUUGUCAAAGGCUCACUCUAGAGCCAGAAGAAUGGAGUGUUCAGCCCAAUGAGGUGUUCUUCCAUGCUUUAUUUCUUUGUGUUGUAUAGCCUUAAGGAAAAAAAAGAAAAAAAAAAAAAAGAAAAGAAAAAAAAGGAAAAAAAAAGAAUGGCUUCAGUCUCAGUCCUGUAUUUUUUCUGGGGGAGGGGGAUUCUGGACAUUACUGUGUCAAGAAGUGCUUUAUCCAGUGAAGCAAAAUUUGCACGAUUGGAACCUUAUUUGUGUUGUUCGUGUUUUCAUCAACUUUUUAUUUUUCCUGAUCUUUGUUUGUGUGUACUAAAAAUGUAAGCUAGAUUGAUCAAUAAGACAAAACAAAGCACAUAUAUACCCUGUAGCUCUAAGUAAAGCUAACCAGUGAACAAUUUCUGUCUGCACUUUCCAGCUGAUCUUUAUAGACCUAUUUAGAGAGAGAGAAAGAGAGAGUAAGAGAGCUACAUGAUCCUUCAAUUACAAUCUGGAAACCGGUAAAGGAACUGACAUUUCUGACUUGUCCUGACAUUUCUAGAAGCAACAGUGGAGGCUUUGAAUAUCUUCUCUGUCCAUACCCUAAAAUAUAUACUUUCUUUGCAUUACCAUAUUUUGGAGGUUUUUAUCUGAUAUUUAUUUGAUAUAUUUGUCCACUAAUGCUUGAGUACACAUUGUGGGAGCACAGAGAGAUGGCAGAGCAAAGUUUUCCUCUUCCAAAUUAAAUAAAACCAUCUCUGCUUGAGCUGUCUGUGGCAAGUAUUGUAGGAGUAGGCACAAGCAUCUUUGACAGCCUUAGGGAGAGGCGCCUCAGAGGGAGAGUGGCCUCAGAGGAUCCACAAAUGCUCCAGAAGCUGGCACAGGUGCCAUGCAUAUAUUCGCUGCGUCUGCUCUUCCCAACACAAAUGGCCUCAAAGUUCUAGAGUUGGACUGACAUCGGUAUUGAACACUGAGAAAAUUAUUGUCCCAAUCAACAAGAGGUAAAAUAUCAGGCCAAUGUCAAUUGUAUCCUUUUGCCUCUUUCUCAAUAAACUGAUCCUGUUUCUUCAGUUUUUUAAUUUUAUUUUUCAGUUCAGUGGGAUUUUUUGGAUUUUUUGAAAUGGUGUACUAGACAACAUGUGAGGAAAAUCUUGUUUGAGGAGAUCCAGGAGGAAUGUUUAUUUUAUAGAAUUUUUAUCAAUAUUUAUUUAGUUUUAAAUGUGCCAUUUUAUUAUGAAUCCCCUAAGGAUGGAUGUGCAUAAGAAUUUAUUUUUUGUCAAAUUUACUUCUCUGCCACAACCAAAUAUAAUGGAAAGGCAUUUUCAGGAAAGCGGUGGUAACUACAUUGUAUUUCAAAAUUAUGGUGGACAUGUCAUUUUCAUUGUAAAUUUAUCAUUCAAGGGACAAAAUUAAAGUCAUAUAUUCUUAAAAAACCCUUAUCUGUGUUGCUUAUAUACCUCAGAUGACUAAUAUAUAAGCCAAUUUAAUAUUUAACAUUUUUGUGCAUUUUGACCAUUGAUGUGGUUUGUUUGCUUUGCUGUUUCACUUUCUCAGUUACUUAAUGAAUUGGUUUCAGGUUGUUGGUUUCUUAAAUGGGUUGCAUUUUCUAGUUCCUCUUUGUGCUUUGGCAUGACUGCAAUGUUUCUAGUUGCAAAAUAUCACAGGGCUAAGUUUCAGUACAUGAAGUAAAACCUGAGUCAGCAGCAACCUUUUUUUAUUAAAAUACAAUAAAUACAGUUAUCUUAA